AUCAGCAGCCGGGUGGAGACCACGAAGACCUUGGCCAAAGCCAUUGCUGCUGCUGAGCAGCCACCCCGUGCCUGGGUCCUCGUCACUGGCGUUAUUACCGCCCCAGCCCCACAGCUGAGUACACUGAGGACAGUCCAGGAGGGGAUUUUGAUUUCUUCUCACGCCUGGUGAGCUCGUGGGAGGCUGCAGCUCUCAUCCCUGGGAGCCCAACUCGUGGUGUUGUGGUGAGGUCAGGGAUAAAGAAUGGAAUCCGAGAACAUCACCACCACUGUGAGAGAAUUUGUCCUGUUGGGCCUGACACAGAGUCACAAGCUGCAGUAUUUUCUCUAUGUGAUCUUCCUUCUCAUCUAUGUACUAACCUGGCUACUGAACUGCACCAUCAUUGCCACUGUGGCUGUGGAUCAGCAGCUCCACACCCCCAUGUAUUUUCUCCUGGCCAACCUCGCUGUCCUUGACAUCAGCUAUUCCUCGGUCAAUACUCCCAAACUGCUGUCAGGCCUCCUCAUCCAGCACACCACCAUCUCCUUCAAUGAGUGUUUCCUCCAGAUGUUCUUCUUCCAUUUCAUUGCAUGUGCAAUGUCUUUUUUGCUCGUAGGGAUGACGGUGGAUCGGUACGUGGCCAUCUGUGAGCCCCUGCGCUACUUGUCCAUCAUGAACUGGAACACCUGCACAGGGCUGGUGGCAGGUGCAUGGUUUGGUGGCUUUCUUCAUUCUAUUAUACAAACUGGUUUGCUUCUGCAGCUGCCAUUCUGUGGCCCAAAUGUACUGGACAAUUUCUACUGUGAUAUCCCUCAAAUCAUCAAACUGGCCUGCACUGACACUCACAUGGCUGAGCUACAAAUGGUGUUUAAUAGUGGAGGGAUCCUCAUCACCCUUUUUGUAAUCUUAAUUAUUUCUUACAUUGUCAUCUUGCUUAAGAUAAGGACGUGCAUCUCAGAAGGGAAGCGAAAAGCUCUGUCUACCUGUGGAACACAGAUAAUUGUUCUGAGCUUAAUAUUCAUCCCCUGCAUCUUCACCUAUGCCCAGCCUUAUAAGAAAUACCCUAGGGACAAGGUGUUCUCCAUUGUUUACACUGUGGUCACUCCAAUGCUAAACCCCAUAAUCUACACACUGAGAAACACUGAGAUGAAAAAAGCCAUCAGGAGAACUGGGGAAAAUAUUUCUGUCUGCAGGAAUACAGAAACCACACCAGUAGAUCCAAAGACAUCAAAUCUGGUGUUUCCAUGAGAAAACUGUGUUCAUCAGGUAUUCCUGCUCCUUCAGUAAGUGAGCAGCUUUCUAGAUGUGAGAUGGUGACAGAAUUCACCUCACAUCAAUUUAGGAAGGUCAGUCACACAGAGUGUGCAGUGGGUAGAAUGUCUAGGACCUAAUAAAGUUGUCUGUAAUAAAUCACUUGCAAAGACAUCACCAUGACACACCCUGGCUGCUGGCCAUGCAAGGGGCCCUUCCCACACCCUGGUUCUCUCCUGUGGAAUCACAGCUGAGCCUUCCACUCCAGCCUGGCUCACUUCUCUUUAGCACUCCAGUGUAGUUUCAUCUCUAAGUUAGCCCUGAUGCCUUACUGAGCCUGGAAACAAAACAACACCCUUUGGAGAUAAUGUUACUAUAGGAGGGAAUAUAAAGGCUGGUCUUUAUUGGAGACCUCCAGUGGCAGACAUGGAAAAUGUCCACAAAACACCCACCCCCCCAACAGGGUGAAUACAGUUUUAUAAGUUUAGCAAAUUAGCAUAUUUGACAAAAAUAAUCAAUUAGGAGCACAAGAGGUGAUGCAAUUUCCCCCAGUUCAACCUUCUCUGAAUCCUCCCCUCUCAGAUGGAAAUUAAACUUUGUUUAUGAAAAUAUGUCUUGUGCUGGUCUCAGUCUUGAUUCCUAGGAGAACCAAGAUAGGGUAGGGGCCUUGGAAUGUUUUGUCUUUCUGCCUAUCAGGGGAGGGAAAACUAGCUAGAAUACAAUAAUAGGCUGCAGAGAUACAAAUAUAUGUGUAAAGGAUGUAGAUAAUAUAGAAAAGAAAAAAGGCAAAAAUCAAUUUGGCAUCAGCAGGUUGGCAUCUGCACAUUACUGCAUUAGUAACUUCACCAGCAAUGGCAAGAUAGAGAAAAAAGCAUUCUGAAGAUGCUUAAGAGGGGAGAAAAUUCUCAGACCUGUAAGGAUUAUUUAGGUUUAGAGCUGUUUAAUUCCCUUAGAGAGACAAGAGAGAAAUUAAAUCCCUCUUGACUGUAGAAACAAAAAACUCCCACAAAACAACUAAUAAACAACUGAUGGGAAGAGAAACUGUUAAGAGUAAGUGGAAAUCAGAGUAAUAAAAGGAGAAAAAGAGAAAAUAAAGUAAUAGAAGCAAACAAGAGAAAAAAAACCUACUUAUGCCACUUUUUUAUGCUUUGUCAAAGGUCAAAAUUUCAUUUCAAAUCUUUAAAUGAAAACAUUUUUCAACAUUCAUUAUUUUCUCCAUUCUUCCUUCCUUCCUUCCUUCCAUGGAGAGCUGAAGGGCUCAUUGUGCUGGCUGUGUGUAUAAAUUGAGUGAUAUUUAAUUUCUCAGCUGAUUUCUGUGAACCUUUACUCAUCAGCCUGCCCAAAUGUCAGCCCUGGCAGCAGAGGCUGUACCCAAACUGCCUCAGAUCUGAGCUGCUGCUCUCACUCCCUGCUGCAGGAGGGUGAACACCGUGUGCCAGACACUGGGCAAGGGUUUGUCUCUGCUUCCUUUAGAUAAAGGUUUCUUUGUCUCUUCAGUGUGCUGGUUGUUUCUGGCUCCAAGGUGAUAAUUAUAGAAUUGUGGCAUCAGCUGUGGUUCUGGAGUGUUAACUCAGGUGCCAAGGGGUCUCAGUUAAAGCUCUAAGGUGCAUGAAUUUAUUUGUAAUUAUUUGCUGUAUUUAUUAUUUCUUAUAACUUGUAUUAUUCCUCAACCAUGCGACCUCUAGAAGCCACCAUCUAGAAUUCUCCUGAUCACUUAUAAUAUUAAUUCAAUAAAUCAAUAAAUCAAUCCUUCCUUCCUUGAUAAAUGUAUAUUAAUAAACCCCUUGUAAUGCCAAUAAAAAUUUAAACUCAA